AUGGCUGGUGCAAUUGAAAACGCUCGUAAGGAAAUAAAAAGAAUCUCAUUAGAAGACCAUGCUGAAUCUGAAUAUGGUGCCAUCUAUUCUGUCUCUGGUCCGGUCGUCAUUGCUGAAAAUAUGAUUGGUUGUGCCAUGUACGAAUUGGUCAAGGUCGGUCACGAUAACCUGGUGGGUGAAGUCAUUAGAAUUGACGGUGACAAGGCCACCAUCCAAGUUUACGAAGAAACUGCAGGCCUUACGGUCGGUGACCCUGUUUUGAGAACAGGUAAGCCUCUGUCGGUAGAAUUGGGUCCUGGUCUGAUGGAAACCAUUUACGAUGGUAUUCAAAGACCUUUGAAAGCCAUUAAGGAAGAAUCGCAAUCGAUUUAUAUCCCAAGAGGUAUUGACACUCCAGCUUUGGAUAGGACUAUCAAGUGGCAAUUUACUCCGGGAAAGUUUCAAGUCGGCGAUCAUAUUUCCGGUGGUGAUAUUUACGGUUCCGUUUUUGAGAAUUCGCUAAUUUCAAGCCAUAAGAUUCUUUUGCCACCAAGAUCAAGAGGUACAAUCACUUGGAUUGCUCCAGCUGGUGAGUACACUUUGGAUGAGAAGAUUUUGGAAGUUGAAUUUGAUGGCAAGAAGUCUGAUUUCACUCUUUACCAUACUUGGCCUGUUCGUGUUCCAAGACCAGUUACUGAAAAGUUAUCUGCUGACUAUCCUUUGUUAACAGGUCAAAGAGUUUUGGAUGCUUUGUUUCCUUGUGUUCAAGGUGGUACGACAUGUAUUCCAGGUGCUUUUGGUUGUGGUAAGACCGUUAUCUCUCAAUCUUUGUCCAAGUACUCCAAUUCUGACGCCAUUAUCUAUGUCGGGUGCUUUGCCAAGGGUACCAAUGUUUUAAUGGCGGAUGGGUCUAUUGAAUGUAUUGAAAACAUUGAGGUUGGUAAUAAGGUCAUGGGUAAAGAUGGCAGACCUCGUGAGGUAAUUAAAUUGCCCAGAGGAAGAGAAACUAUGUACAGCGUCGUGCAGAAAAGUCAGCACAGAGCCCACAAAAGUGACUCAAGUCGUGAAGUGCCAGAAUUACUCAAGUUUACGUGUAAUGCGACCCAUGAGUUGGUUGUUAGAACACCUCGUAGUGUCCGCCGUUUGUCUCGUACCAUUAAGGGUGUCGAAUAUUUUGAAGUUAUUACUUUUGAGAUGGGCCAAAAGAAAGCCCCCGACGGUAGAAUUGUUGAGCUUGUCAAGGAAGUUUCAAAGAGCUACCCAAUAUCUGAGGGGCCUGAGAGAGCCAACGAAUUAGUAGAAUCCUAUAGAAAGGCUUCAAAUAAAGCUUAUUUUGAGUGGACUAUUGAGGCCAGAGAUCUUUCUCUGUUGGGUUCCCAUGUUCGUAAAGCUACCUACCAGACUUACGCUCCAAUUCUUUAUGAGAAUGACCACUUUUUCGACUACAUGCAAAAAAGUAAGUUUCAUCUCACCAUUGAAGGUCCAAAAGUACUUGCUUAUUUACUUGGUUUAUGGAUUGGUGAUGGAUUGUCUGACAGGGCAACUUUUUCGGUUGAUUCCAGAGAUACUUCUUUGAUGGAACGUGUUACUGAAUAUGCUGAAAAGUUGAAUUUGUGCGCCGAGUAUAAGGACAGAAAAGAACCACAAGUUGCCAAAACUGUUAAUUUGUACUCUAAAGUUGUCAGAGGUAAUGGUAUUCGCAAUAAUCUUAAUACUGAGAAUCCAUUAUGGGACGCUAUUGUUGGCUUAGGAUUCUUGAAGGACGGUGUCAAAAAUAUUCCUUCUUUCUUGUCUACGGACAAUAUCGGUACUCGUGAAACAUUUCUUGCUGGUCUAAUUGAUUCUGAUGGCUAUGUUACUGAUGAGCAUGGUAUUAAAGCAACAAUAAAGACAAUUCAUACUUCUGUCAGAGAUGGUUUGGUUUCCCUUGCUCGUUCUUUAGGCUUAGUAGUCUCGGUUAACGCAGAACCUGCUAAGGUUGACAUGAAUGGCACCAAACAUAAAAUUAGUUAUGCUAUUUAUAUGUCUGGUGGAGAUGUUUUGCUUAACGUUCUUUCGAAGUGUGCCGGCUCUAAAAAAUUCAGGCCUGCUCCCGCCGCUGCUUUUGCACGUGAGUGCCGCGGAUUUUAUUUCGAGUUACAAGAAUUGAAGGAAGACGAUUAUUAUGGGAUUACUUUAUCUGAUGAUUCUGAUCAUCAGUUUUUGCUUGCCAACCAGGUUGUCGUCCAUAAUUGCGGAGAAAGAGGUAAUGAAAUGGCAGAAGUCUUGAUGGAAUUCCCAGAGUUAUAUACUGAAAUGAGCGGUACUAAAGAACCAAUUAUGAAGCGUACUACUUUGGUCGCUAAUACAUCUAACAUGCCGGUUGCAGCCAGAGAAGCUUCUAUUUACACUGGUAUCACUCUUGCAGAAUACUUCAGAGAUCAAGGUAAAAAUGUUUCUAUGAUUGCAGACUCUUCUUCAAGAUGGGCUGAAGCUUUGAGAGAAAUUUCUGGUCGUUUGGGUGAGAUGCCUGCUGAUCAAGGUUUCCCAGCUUAUUUGGGUGCUAAGUUGGCCUCCUUUUACGAAAGAGCCGGUAAAGCUGUUGCUUUAGGUUCCCCAGAUCGUACUGGUUCCGUUUCCAUCGUUGCUGCCGUUUCGCCAGCCGGUGGUGAUUUCUCAGAUCCUGUUACUACUGCUACAUUGGGUAUCACUCAAGUCUUUUGGGGUUUAGACAAGAAAUUGGCUCAAAGAAAGCAUUUCCCAUCUAUCAACACAUCUGUUUCUUACUCCAAAUACACUAAUGUCUUGAACAAGUUUUAUGAUUCCAAUUACCCUGAAUUUCCUGUUUUAAGAGAUCGUAUGAAGGAAAUUCUAUCAAACGCUGAAGAAUUAGAACAAGUUGUUCAAUUAGUUGGUAAAUCGGCCUUGUCUGAUAGUGAUAAGAUUACUUUGGAUGUUGCCACUUUAAUCAAGGAAGAUUUCUUGCAACAAAAUGGUUACUCCACUUAUGAUGCUUUCUGUCCAAUUUGGAAGACAUUUGAUAUGAUGAGAGCCUUCAUCUCGUAUCAUGACGAAGCUCAAAAAGCUGUUGCUAAUGGUGCCAACUGGUCAAAACUAGCUGACUCUACUGGUGACGUUAAGCAUGCCGUUUCUUCAUCUAAAUUUUUUGAACCAAGCAGGGGUGAAAAGGAAGUCCAUGGCGAAUUCGAAAAAUUGUUGAGCACUAUGCAAGAAAGAUUUGCUGAAUCUACCGAUUAA